UUCUUUCAUGGCCAAACUAUGUGUCCUAGACAAGUCGCGAACACUGUCGUAUAUCGAUACUGCCAACGCGUUCAUCCGUAAAGGGGUACCGAUAUAUGUGGCCAGUACGACUCGUCAGAUGCAUCCGGAAUGCAUAUCAGUGUCGAUGGAGCUCUCAAGCUGUGGUCAAUCAUGGAGGACUUCAUCAUGGCUCCACACACAACGGGGUACAAUGGACGGUAACUGUUUUCAUCGAUGGUACAAGGGGCUCUGGAUCGUUCAACAAUCUGUUUAUGGACGUAGGAGGUACAAUGGCGAAUGUUUCAGAAAUCCGUCUAGGCAAAAAUUUCUACGAUGGUGAGAUAAGAGAAAUAACAUAUGAAAUGGACAUCGGGGAAAUCAGCCAUAUCAGGUUGUAUCAGAAAGGGACGGAUAAGAUACGUGUACGAAAGGUGACAAUGGAGGAUGGAAAUGGUCAGGUCUACACCUUCCGAUGUGACUGCUGGAUACAGACUAAACAGUCUGCUGACGACAAAAGAAUACCAUGGCUUUUCCAAACUGACAGGAAGCAAUGGAAGGUAACUAUUUCUGUCGGUCAUAUAGACUUGUCUGAUUUCGUCAACACUUCACUUUACAUGGACGUGGAAGGUACGGUGGGAAAUGCUUCGAAAAUAAACCUAGGCAACGAUUUUAAAGUAGAUGAGACAACAGAAAGGCGUUUUGAAUUGGACUUUGGAAAAGUCGACUUCAUCAUAUUACACACGACAGGCUAUCCGAUAAACGUAAAAAAGGUGACCAUGAAGGAUGGAAAUGGUCGGAUGUACACGUUCCAGUGUAACUGCUGGAUUCAUGAUGAAAGAAAAUCAUCACGGCGUCUCCAAUCUGAAAAUUGUUACUGGAAUGACCCCAUCCCAAACUGUGCGACUGUAGUGCGUGUAACAUGUCAAACGGGCACAUGUGGUAGAUGUAUUGAUGGCUACUUUCUUUCCGAUGGAUCCUGUAUUGGUGAACGAAUUCGCUUAGUGAAUGGUAUUGCGCCAAAUGAAGGCCGUGUGGAGAUUUACCACGAUGGACAAUGGGGAACAGUUUGUGAUGACAAUUUUCACUAUGACGAAGCCCGAACAGUUUGUGAGGCACUUGGCUACCGAUCUGGAACUCCUUUUGAAAAAGCAUAUUUCGAUAGAGGAACCGGGCCUAUUUUUGUGGACGAUCUUCAAUGUUCAGUAUCAGAUACUGGCAUACAUCAGUUGCAAUUAGGCAAAACAUUUUGCUUUUUCAAUGGCUGGAAUGUAUCCAAUUGCGAUCACGGAGAAGAUGCUGGAGUUAUAUGUAGCGCAGGAUAUAAAUCGCAGAGUGUCACCUGUCAGCAGAGCUGGACAGAAUAUAACAGCCACUGUUAUAAGUUAUUUAUGAACUCUGUGACGUGGCCGGAAGCACAGGAACAAUGUCGCGACCAUGGUAGCGACCUUGUGACCGUAGAAAAUCAAGAAGAAAAUAAUUGGCUGAAGAAUAACCAGUUCGUUAAAGCGGGUCCCUGGAUUGGUGCACAUGCUGAUGCUACACGAGUUUGGAGAUGGGUGUCAGACAACUCUAUAAUUAGAUAUUCGGACUGGAAACCGAAUGAACCAAAUAAUAUCAAUGGCAGAGAAGAUUGUGUUCAUUACAGUAAUAGCCGAUGGAAUGAUGCACACUGUACAGCUGGGCAUGUAUUUGUUUGUAAACAAAAAGCUGAACAUGCACGUGUUCGUUUAGUAAAUGGUAGUACGCCAAAUGAAGGCCGUGUCGAGAUUUAUCAUGAUGGAGAUUGGGGAACAAUUUGUGACGACAAUUUUCAUGAAGAUGAAGCCCGGGCAGUGUGUGAGGCACUUGGCUACAGAAAUGGAGAUGCAUCUGGAGAAGUAGACUUUGGAAGAGGAACUAAACCUAUUUUCGUGGAUAAUCUAAAUUGUUCUGUAUCAGAAUCUGGUAUACAUCCGCUGCAAUUGGGCAAAACACUGUGCUUUUUCAAAAGGAUGGCAUGUAUCUGGUUGCGAUCAUGGAAAAGAUGCUGGAGUGAUAUGUAA